AUGUUCGUGGAGCGACGUAUCCCCAUUGUGCACCGUCUUGGGGAGCUUGUGGACACUCCUAUGAACCGGCCUCGCGAGUACUGGUCUCCCGAACAGUGCUCCGCCAUGGCUACAUCGUCGCACAACUCGUAUCCACGAUCUCCUAAUCCCUCAACACGGUCGUACGACUCCUCUUCAGUCUCGUCCGCAACGUCCCCAAGACAGCCUGCCCAUUAUAUACCCCGAGGCAUCAUGAACACCGGGUCGAGGACAUCAGCGGCACCCCCGCCCCAGCCCAUCGGCAUCCCUCCUUUACCGCCGGUUAACCAAAACGUCUUCACGCCCUACACCCCGGUAACUGCUGGAUCGAUCAUGGGCCGUGACUCCCAUCCCUCGGCCGACUCCGUGGCGAGCACGCCUGGCCCGUCGACUGCGUCCUUACCGCCCAUCUCCCAGGCCCAGAAGAGGGCGUAUAGGCAGAGGAGGAAAGACCCGAGUUGCGACGCAUGUCGGGAAAGAAAGGUCAAGUGCGACGCCACAGAGACGACUAGCUGUUCGGAAUGCUCUAGCCGCAAUGUCAAGUGCCAGUUCACAAAAGAGACCAACCGACGGAUGUCUUCGAUCAAGCAGGUGCAGGACCUCGAGAAGCAGAUGGAACGCCUGAGGCGAGACAACAGCAACAUGAGACGGAUGCUUCAGGAGAGGGACGGAGCGAUGGAUCUUGACCCGGACGGCAUGGAGAAGUUGCCACUCCAACUACCAGAGAUUGGCAGCGAUCCCAAGCGGAAGAAACGCCCGGCCCCUAUUCACGACCUGGCGCGGGCAAGGUCUAACAUGCGCUUAUUCUCCCGGGGCAUCUGGAAACCCCCUGCUCAAUACCGCCAGGCAGCCUCGAACCCGAUGUUUGACCCUCCGAGACCCGAUCUGCCCCCGAGACAGACCACUGACCAGCUCCUCCACACUUACUACGGCUCUGCCCACACCAUGUUCCCCAUCCUCCACUGGCCGACGUUCCAAACGGGAGUUGACGACCUGUACAGAAUCGGGAACACAAAGUCGGUGCAGCCGGCGUGGUUGUCGACCUUCUUCGCGGCCCUCGCGCUCGGAAGCCUCUUCAGCCAGGACCGCCACACAAACCGGGCGUAUCGGGCGGCGGAGCUGUUGGAAGUUGCUAGAGGUAUGAUUGACCCCUGGAACAACGACUACGUGCUCGACAACGUACGCGCCUUGGUACUCGUCACCUUGUGCCUCAACGAGAUGAACCAAAAGUCGGCGGCCUGGACGUGGCUCGGCAGCGCAGUCCGAGCCGGACAAGACCUGGGACUGUACUCGGAAAGCGGGCCCUGGCCCGUUGUCGAAGGCGAGAUGCGCCGGCGAGUGUGGUGGACGAUUUACAUCCUCGACAGGAGUCUGGCACUCGACCUCGGCCGGCCGGUAUUGAUUGACGACGCCGACUGCGACAUCUCUCUCCCUGCCGGCGUCGACGACCACUACAUCCAUGAAGGGGGCAUCAUGGUGCCUCCCGGCCGCGAGCCCCUGAACCACUCUCUGUUGGCUUUGAUCAACGUCAUCAGGUCAUAUUCGUCUCUGAUCAGGACGCUGGCCGCACCAGUAAUAGCGCCGACCAGGCUCGCGACCUUUGACCAGCACUUCGUCACCUGCCUCCGGGCUUUCCCUCCGGUUUGCGACACCUCCAGCACGGGGCAGAUCUCGCCUCAUCUCCUGACCCCGUUUACCUACCUCCUACACGCCCGUCUCGCGUUACACCGCCACAACCUUGGUCCGAGCUGCCCGCCCGACGUGCGGCUCGCCGCCAUGGAGCAGUGCACCCACACGGCACUCGAGACGGCCUCCCUCCUCUCGCGCGCGACCCCGAGCCUUGCAGACGGAGCUACGGCGCUCCUCACUACCCACACCUUCCGCUGUGCCCUCUUCCUCCUCUUGGCAGGAUAUUGGGACCACGCAGCAACAUGCCUGCGCGCGCUUGCGUCCAUUGACAGCAAACGCGACGUUGCCAUUCCCUGCGGACGAUUCCUCGCCUUCUUCGUGUCCACCCUUGCGUCCAAACGCGCCGAGUAUGCGGCAUUCGUCGCUCGCACGACGCCCCCGAAGCCGUUUGCCCCGCCUCCUCCGCCCCAAGGCCGCCCGGGCCCGACGCCGCUGCAGGAGGCGCUCCUGCAUGACGAGGAGCUUCUGGCAUACGUCAGUGCCGACCUGCAGGCAGCGCCGGAAACCGCUUGGAUCUGGUCCGGCGGUGAGCGCGAGGCCAUCUUGUCCCCGACCUCGCCCGGUUCGAUCACGGCCUCUGGCGGCGCCAGCAGCGGCCUGUUUAGCGUAGAGCAGCGGACCGGUCUGACCGACAGCGAAAUCAAGGAAUGGGGAGGUUGGGAACGCCUCGAGACGGCCAUGCGGGGGCUGGCCUCGGGCAACUCGACGCCAACACCGACGUCUGCGACGUGGAGCACUCUCCCGGCCGGUAUCAAGACCGAGGGCACGCCGACCCUGCCCAGUAUGAUGACUACGGGUGAGGGAAGCAGCAACAGCAGCCCGACGGCGAGCAACAAGGGCCGAUCCCAAGACAGGUUGAGCAUUGCCAACAUAAUCUAG